AUGGAGCAAACGGGCUCCAUCCAGCAACCAUCUUCAGACAAAAUUACCGCAGAAGAUAGGUAUCGUAAAAAAAUGGAAAAUGGUACCAUGCAUGGGGAGAGUUCAUCUGGAGUGGAGGAUCAGAAGCAACAUCCAGGAAGAAAUAAGAAACUCAUUUCACACUCAGUCAACGCCCUUACUGAAGCGCGAACAUGUCGGAUAAAUUCUGGCCAAGAGGAGCACCUCCUAUCUUCCAACUUACAUGGAACUUCUCAGCUGAAUAACUUCUCAGAAGAUCCUAAAUAUCAAAUCAUCGAGGGCCUUACGCCAGGAGCCCGUCUGCAGCUAAACGAAAGCCAUGCACAAAAACAGAGGAGACCUCCAGGAAAAACCCUAAUGAGACUCUCCAAGUUACUCAUAGAAGGUAAGGCUGCCAGAGAUGUCGUGAUCAAAACUGGUGCAGUCGUUCUUUGUUACCUGCCAUUGUGGAUAAUAGCUAUGUACCGUGCCGCAAAAGGCACUCCUGCUGUAGAGGCGAUCUUAUCUGCUCACUGGCUGUACUCUCUGAGCAUGGUCUGCAAUCCUAUUAUUUACUCCGUUCGUAAAAGGGAAUUCAGGAAAACACUUAGAAAAAUGCUGAAACUGUAA